CAACUACAUGAAGAUGCCACAUGCCAAGUAAUUCACAAUGAGAAGCUCAGUGAUGAUUUUGAAGUGAAGACAGGAGUGAAACAAGGCUGUCUACUAUCCCCCAUGAUAUUCCUUAUUGUGGUGGACUGGAUCAUGCAACAAACAGUGAGGAGUGAGAAGAGGGGGAUACGCUGGCUGGACUGCGGAAAAGAACCUAGAAGACUUGGAUUUCGCCGAUGACUUGUGUCUGAUGUCGCACAAACUUGAAGAUCUGCAGGCAAAAACUAACAAGUUAAUAGAAGAGGAAGCGAAGACGGGAUUUCAGGUGAAUAUAGAGAAGACAGAGGUGAUGAAGACAUCCAACCAACAACAAACUCCAAUCACCAUCAGCGGGAGAAACUUAAAGGAAGUAACCUCCUUCACUUAUCUAGGAAGCACUGUUUCAACUACAGGCGGCACAGGCACAGACGAGGAUGUCAAAGUCAGAAUCGGAAAAGCAAGACAGGCGUUCAUUAGCCUGAAACCAGUGUGGAGAUCUUCUGCACUCAGCAUGUGGAACAAGAUACGGAUUUUCAACACCAACUUCAGUCAAGUCAGUGCUUCUGUGUGGUUCAGAGACAUGGCGCGUUACGAAGGGAUUUCCAAUAAACUACAGACAUUCAUCAACAACUGCUUACGCUCGCUACUGAAGAUCAGAUGGCCAGAGUAAUAAGAAUAAGCAACAGGGAGCUCUGGGAACGAACCAACCAAGAAGCUAUCGCUCAACAAAUAUGCAGUGGAAGGAGGCGGAGAUGGAUUGGGCAUACACUGAGAAGGCCGACUGGGGACAUCAUGCGUCAGGCCCUCGAGUGGAAUCCCCAUGGGAAGCGACGAGUUGGACGUCCGAGGGUGACAUGGAGGAGGUCGUGCGAGGAGGAAAUGAGAGCUUCUGGGCUGUCAUGGAGCCAGGUUCAAAAGAUCUCAGAGAACAGAGUUCACUGGGGACGUGCUACUGA